AUGGCCAAGCCAGUCGUCUCCGAGCGAGUGCGAUUGACUCAGAUUCUCGCACUUGGUGGGUACGGUGUCUCGUGUUUCUUCUGCCUUCUCUUGCUGCUGUAUCUGCGCAUGAAUCGUCACGUGGCUUUCAAAGGCGAUGCCCAAGCUGCACGCAAAGUGAUUUUACCAGCAUUUGAACCUCUUCUGUGGAUCUUUGCUGCCACCACUGGGGCCUUUGCCAGCUUUUUCUGCGUCACGCUCCAGACUUCUAUCUACACGACACACUUUCCGAGCUUUCAUGGGGAAGUCAUUUACGCCGGUCGACAGUUUGUCCUCGUCCUCGCACUUGUCUUUCUGUGUCAGAAAAGCGUCUCGGUGCCAGCUCUGCGACGUGCAGUGGUCAUCUCGCUGUUUCUCGCUUGUUACACGAUCCCGAUUGUCUGUUGUCUAUCACACUUUGUAUCGCAAGACACGGCACUGUACUUCGCAAUCAGAACUGUGGUGCGCCUCCUGCUGCUGAUAUUCGUCAUCAAUGUGUGCUUCAUCCAUCCACCAGCAUGUCGGGCAAGCCCGUCAACUCUGCGCGUCUACGGCAGUUACACAAUCGCGUUCCACACGCUCAACACCUCGAAUACGUUGCUCCGUAAUUUCGCUCCGACAUCCAGCAUCUUUGCAACCACGACGUACGUCAUGAUAAGCUGCGGCUCGUUAGCUCCCUUUUUCGUGUGGACGUUGCUACGUGCAGACACGGAAUAUUGGCGGGGAGUGGGCCAACGUGCGUGUGCUUUGCAACAAAUUGGUUGCCAGCAGGGAGCCUACGGUCAGAACCCGCAACUUGACGAGUGGAUCUCGUCGAACGGGAUCCACCUCCUCAUUGAACUGCACAGGAAGGUGGUGAUUGACUUUGCUCACCUGGAGCUUUUUCGGCAGAUUGGCGUCGGGUCGAGUGCAACGGUGUUCCGUGGCCAACUCCAGCAGCAAUGUCAAGUUGCUGUGAAAGUGUACACGCCGUAUCGGUUCACUGAAGAAGUUGUGGCCGAGUUCUCGCACGAAGCAGCUCUUUGUGCGUCGCUGUUGCAUCCGAACAUUGUCAAGUUCUACGGGAUGUGCGUGUGCCCUCCGACAAUUUGCUUGGUCUUUGAGCUCUGUCAAGGGUCAUUGGAAGACGUCUUGACCGCUCAUGACAAGGUGCAAAGUCAUCACAGCUUAGCACCUCGUCGUCAACUUGAUCUUGAUGGCAAACUCCAAGAGGUCGAUAUCCUUGACUCUCGACAGAUACUUCUCAAGGUAGCGUACAUGCUCGACUGUGCACGUGCUGUCGCUUACGUCCACAGCUUUUCACCACCCUUUCUACAUCGUGAUAUCAAGCCUGCCAACUUUCUCGUAGAUAACGACAAUAACGUCAAGCUCACGGACUUCGGUGACUCGCGACGGCUGGCAGAAAAUGUACCGAAGCCUGGUAAAGGGAUCGAUGCCAACAAGAUGGACACCGUAGAGACUUCAACUGGAACGACUGACACUUGUAGUCUCGAUAUUCGUGCCCAAGCUCCUCCGCAGAUCAAGAUGACAGUCACGGGUACUGUGAAUUACAUGGCUCCAGAGAUGAUUGACGGUCGGACAGGUCUAGCAAGCUACGGCGAAUCAGCUGAUGUCUACUCACUGGGCAUCACGUUCUGGGAUAUCCUGUACCCGGGCUGCGAGAAAUAUGGCGCGACGAAUCCGAUGGUAGUGUUUGAAGGCGUGCUCAAUGGUUGGCGUCCACCAUUUGAUGACACAGAUCCAGCAACCUCCGACGAGGCUUUCCCAGCAAAACUUCGAGAUGUCAUCACAAGCGCGUGGCAGAGUGACCCGAUGGCACGCCCGAGCAUGCCACAGAUUGUUCACAAGCUGGAGGGCAUCCAAGAGGAGUUGCUAGCAGUGUUCGCUCAGGAUCUGAGUGAUGAAGUUGAGCGAUCCAGCACGGAAGACCAUGUCAGUAAAACUCAGAUGUGCAUCACUGGUGACCAACUAGUUGAGCGAAUGAAGGACUUGACAGUCAUCGAUUCACGCAGCGAGGGUGUGCGGCUUGGUCGUGCACUCAUGGGUGCGGGAUUCUUGCAUCAUCUUGACCACGAACGGGGUUUCUUGGACAGCAAGGAUGUGUAUUUCUUCGAUGAUGGCAACAUCGAUUUCUGUCAGCCGCUGGCUAUGCUCGAAAAAGGCACAGGAGGCACCGAGUCUAACGACGAAUCUUCUUCGGUGUCAGCAGACCAGGACGAGUUCCAGCGAAAGUCGAAUCGAUCUAGGCUGUUUUCACAAUUGGCGUCUACAUUUUCGCCACACAAUUCAUCGGGCACUUUUUCCCGUGGCGCUGAGGCAGUAACGACAGAAACUUGUGCCUGUCGCUCACGUGGCCAGAGACUCCAUGUGCCGAUGGACAUUACAAACGAUCGCCAAAAUGUCCGGAGCCGACAACACCAUCGGUUGUGGCGUAGAAAUCCACGACGAUUACAGACUAGAAACCAAGUAGGUAGCAGCAGCAACAGAGGUAAUCGAAGCCACGGCAGCAGUCUGCUCUCAGCAAAGAGGUGGAGACGGAAGAUGAAGCUCGAGAAUAUGAAGUCCUUGAUGCACAAACUGCUCGACGGAGAGCAAGAUCACACGAUUGAUGUUGUUGAAGAGUGA